AUGGUCUGUGUUGCAGUCGUUGCAAGAGUGGUAGAUGUCCCAGUAAUCAGGACUGGAGGUAAUGUACUUCUGGUAGUGGUUUCAGCAGCUGGCACCGGUACUCCUCCAUUAGCUGAAGGUGUCGUUUCCGUCUCAGUUGUAACUUCUCCACCACCAGGUGAGGGCACAACAGUAGUUCUUGUUAUUGAUACAUCACUGCUUGGAUGA